CAGCAUAACAGAGCGAUUACGAAAUCGGCUUAAACGCGAAAUCAUCACUUGAAAGUAAAAAAAAAUUAAUUUGAAGUCGACGCUGCAGAUAGCAGUGUUUUACAAACGCGUGUGCGGUCGUAUGGAUAUAUAUCUUUAGAAAAAACUAUUAGAAAGCAUUGUUUGGAUUCUUCGCAAUUUGGAUGGGACAAUUAAUUACAUUAUGAAUUAAGAUGUGCAAGAAUGCAACAGAUGGAAAUGGAAUACAUUGGAAUAAUAUAAAUUAACACGGGUUUGAAACGUAAAAAACGAAUGCUGGCUCUGUUCUUCCACUUGCAACUCUCACCAGUACCGUUACCACUUGAAAUGAUGGGGGAGAUUUUGAAUUCCACAGACUUGAAUUUGGCUUCCAUGGGCGAAGUACCAAGUGCAUAUUUAGUGGUUGUUUGUUUUAUCUUAACUGUAGAGAUUGUCCUGGGUGUAACAGUCAAUAUCAUGGUACUAUGGGCUUACUAUCGGCACUGGAACACACUGAGAUCAGUCAGUAACAUCCUCAUGGCCAACCUGAACGUUGUCGACAUUUUGAUAUGUGUUCUGAGUGCACCGCUUACCUUCACCACGCUGUUGUUACGUCACCGUGAUACUGACGUGCUCGUGUGUCUCAGUCACGAGGCCGGCGUGUCGUUUGCCUGUUCUGCCACCGCACUCAACUUGCUCGUCAUAAGUGUGGACAGGUAUGAAAGCGUUAUCAUGCCAACAAAGAGGACAUUUUCUGUGAAGAACGUUAGAUUUGUUCUUUUGGUGCCGUGGUGCGGAGCUCUGUUGGGAAUUGGUGCCGCUUUUAUUCACACUGCAAACCCUGUCUUGGUCACGUAUACAGACGUUAAGUCUUGUGUCACCUGGUACUUGACCACACAAACACGUCAUUAUUUCCAGACCUAUUGGGUCGUGUUAUUUGUCAGCUCGUCUCUGUGGAUGAUCGUCUCCUACAGGAAGAUAGUGAACGCCGCCCAUACCCGGCUAAGUAUCAAGGCGGCACUGGUCCAGGCUUCCCUUGUGGUCGCUGGUUCUGGAUUCUGUGAUAAAAAGGUCCGACCAACAGGUGCUCGUGCCACUAAAGUCGCCCUGGCUAUCGUAAGCACCUAUGUCCUCUGCUGGGGGCCCUAUACUACAUACAGCCUGGCCGUCAUGGUUAAGCCACAGAUGACACAAGAGACGAUCAAUGUCGGCCUCCUAUGCCUGGCCUACAUGACCACCAUAUUGCACCCUAUAUUGUAUGCCUUCCUGAGGCGGAAAGUACGCAGGGCCUGCUGGACUUUGGUUCUGGCGGAUCAGCGCAGUGUUCGCACUAUUCAAGUGGCACCUUUCAGACACGCUUCAACACGAGACGACUGUGCUACUUGA